AUGGAAAGCGUAACACCUGUAGAUCUGGUUGUAAUGAGCAUAAAUUUGGAUAAGCUGGAACAACCAAUAAAACACUUUUUAGACAAGAUUUCUAUGGAAAUUCGCAAUCUCACAAACAUCGCAAACUAUAGUGUCCUAGAAACACUAGACGGGCUUUAUCAGAAACAUCAAACGAGAAACGAUACCCUUUACAAAUUUAUAAAGGAUGCACAAACUGCUUAA